CAGGAGCGCGUCCCGCUGUCACACCAGGCGCUCACGCGCGCAGUGAUGUCACGGAAGGGGAGUUCAGGACGGGUCUGUCCGCUGGACAACAGGAAGGACCGACACACGCGGGGCUGGAACCAACCAACCACUGCUGCCACGGAAAAGUCUGCAUAAUCCCCACAACAAAUAUGUGCUUUGACUCGACUCUGGUGUAAGUUUUGUGAAGAGAUUCAACUUUACCGCCGUACGGUCACGGACACGCGGGCAGCAGCGCGCUGUUAGGUGGCGGAUUCUGGAGGAGGAAUGGACGCUUCCAAAGCUGGACACACUCGAGAGGACUGACCCUCCUGCCCGCACCUCCAUGUCCCCUUCCUCGCCGUGCCAGGUGCCUGCUCGGGACAAUGGGGGCUACGGCUACAGGCACGCGCCCGUGUCACCCGCUCCGCCCGUCCCUCCGAGGAGGCUCCGGAGCCGGGACGGGGGCGCCGGAGGGCGGACGCGGCGAUCCGGAGCAGACAAGCCGGAGAGGAGGUUGAAGUGUGUCCUGGUGGGGGACGGAGCUGUGGGGAAAACCAGCCUGGUUGUCAGCUACACCACCAACGGUUACCCCACCGAGUACGUCCCGACUGCCUUCGACAACUUCUCAGCAACUGUGUCCGUGGAUGGGCAGCCAGUCCGACUACAACUGUGUGACACAGCAGGACAGGUCAGUGGUCUCACAGGACGCAGUCUGUUCAGCAGCAUUUCCUGUUGUUGCUUUCAGCUGGAGAGAACACCCUUUGGAGGAAUUAGUCCCUCUUAUCUAAGUGGCGUGAGUCUGCUUCAUCUGGAGAGUGGAUUGAUUGAUUCUUCCUCUCUCAAGGUCCUCAUCGAUCUGGCCAAAUACAAAGAGCGGCCUGUGGACCCGGCGGACGCGCAGGACUGUGCUGUGGAGAUCGGAGCUGUG